GCUGCGGGUUGUUUUCCUUCCUGUUGCCGGUGAAUGGAGCUCUGCCCCGGGAUGUCUCUCGGCGGAGCCCCGGCGGGCCCCGGGCCCCGGGCCCUGACGGAGCGUGUGUCGGAGCAGCUGCAGCGGGUGGGGGGGGAGGUGUUGGGGCUGUUGCAGAAGCGCAGGGGCGGCGCCAGGUGGUCGGGGGGCCUGCUCCACCUGCUGCGGCGGCUCCUCACCGAGCAGCUGGCGGCGGCCGCGGGGCGGAUCGCGGGGCUGUUGGAGCGGGAGCUGGAGGAGUGUCGGCGGCAGCUGGAGCGUCAGAGCCGCCUGCUGGAGGCGCUGCUGAGCCCGGUGGUCCGACUGAAGCGGGUCGGUGAGUCCGACAUGAGGGAUCCUAAAGUGAAGCCAAAUCUUCUCUAUCGCCCCCUGGUGUCUGGCUGCAGUAAAGACACCAUCAUUUCAUCCACUCUCAGGUUGACCGACUCCAACGAAGAGCAGACCCUCCUGUCAGAGGUCGACACCAUCCUCCUCCCCACUGCCCCGUCCAGCUCCGCCUCCUCUGACAUCUCUGCACCUGAAAGUGACAACAACUGGAAGACCAGCGACAAAUCCACCACUAAUGAAGACACAAACAAGACGGAGAGCAAUGGAGGAAAGCGAUCCUGCAGCAGGAGACAGUGGAUGGCGCCAUUAGACUGGCCGGCGACUCACAGUUGUGUUGUCUGUAGAAAACGUUUCCAGCACAAAGGAAAUCUGGUGAAACACGUAGAAUCUCAUACAGACAAUCCCGAGCUUCUCUGCGGCGUCUGUGGAGAAUGUUUCGAGUCCUCGAACAGUUUGUUGGAUCAUAUCAGAUCUCACAGAGAAUUAGGCGGCAGCAGGACGUGUCAGAUCUGUGGCAGAGCUUUUCAAAACAUGGAGACGCACAUGAGGAGUCACACAGGAGUCAAACCAUUCAGCUGUGAAAUCUGCAGCAAGAGCUUCCCCCGCCCUGGAGCGCUGAGGAGGCACAAAAAGAUCCACAGCCGGAGGACCCCCGACACCCAAAACCGCAUGUUUCAGAAGCAUCGGACAACCGAGGAAACGGACAGAAAUCAGAGUGAGGACAACCAGGACAGUCAGACUGAGACUCUGAAACCAAAGAGGGACAAAAGCCAAACCUCAGGACUGAAGUCCUCUCAGUCGUCCUCACUCUGCUGCAGAGUCUGUGGGGAUUCCUUCCACAGCCAAGGGUUCCUGAGGAAACAUGCAGAGAUACACUGCAGGGAGUCUCAGGGUGUCUGUGGCGUCUGCGGACAGCAGGUGAACUCACCUGACAGUCUGCUGACCCACCUACAGUCUCACAGAGAAACUAGUGGGACCUGCAGCGUCUGUGGAAAGAUUUUCCAGAACAUGGAGACACACAUGCGGAGCCACACAGGGAUCAAACCCUACAGCUGCAGCAUCUGUAACAAGCGCUUCCCUCGACCUGGAGCCCUGAGGCGCCACAAAAAGAUUCAUACUGGGGAGCGACCUUACACCUGCCAGCUCUGCGGGAAGACCUUCACCGAGAGCAGCACCUUAAAGACUCACAGCAGGAGUCACUCAGGGGAGAUCCUCGAUGACGAGAACCCUGAGCCUCCGGCGGAGUCCCAGAACCUGAAGUCUGAGAUGACUGUCCAAGAAAGCGCUAAAAUUGCGCUUCCAGCGUCUCACUGCUGUAAAGUCUGCUGUGAAACGUUUCAGAGUAAAGACAGUUUGAGGAAACACGCAGCGAGUCACUCAGCAGAGUCUGUCUGUGGUGUCUGUGGUGAAAGUGUCCCGCCAUCAGAGCUGCUGAUAGACCAUCUGCAGUCUCACAGAGACGCAGGUAAAAUUUGUCACAUCUGCGGUAAAGCCUACCAGAACAUCGAGACCCACAUGCGGAGUCACACCGGUUUCAAACCGUUUUGCUGCAGCGUCUGUGGUAAAUCCUUCCCACGGCCCGGUGCUCUGCGGCGCCACAAGAGGAUCCACAGUGGAGAGAGACCGUACAUCUGCGAGUUCUGUGGGAAGACAUUCAUCGAUAACAGCGCUCUGACGAUGCACAUCAGGAAACACACCGGAGACAAACCAUCACAACGCGUCUCAUGCAAGACCUGUGGUAAGAGCCUGGCAUCCGUUCAGGUCCUGGAGGUCCACAAGAGGAUCCACACAGGCGAGAAGCCGUUUCAGUGCCGCGUCUGUGGGAAAGCCUUCAGGCAGGUGGGAGGGCUGAAUGCCCAUAUGCUGACCCACACAGGGGAGAAGCCGUUCAGGUGCAUCCUCUGCAACAAGAGCUUCAGCACAAAAGGAUACCUGGAAACCCACAUCCGCUUCCACAGGAAGGAGCGUGUGUUCAGCUGCCACCUGUGCUGGAAGUCCUUCGUCACCAAGAACGACCUGAAGAAACACCAGUUGACCCACACAGGAGAGAAACCCUACAGCUGCAGGGUCUGUGGGAAGAGCUACCAGGAGAAACGCUCCAGAGACGUCCAUAUGAAGGUCCACCUGGAUGUCCAGAUCAGCAAAGAGCCAAUCAGGAGGGAAGACGGCCCUCAGCCUGAGUUUAUGCAGCUGUAGUCUUCACACAGAUUGUUAUUGAAUCAUCAGACUGAUGGUGCGUCACGUAAAACUUUUUAUAAAAUAAGUUCCAGAAUCACAAACCAACAUUAAGUGAAUUAGACAUUUUACUAUUUCACAAAGAAAUUACAUUUAUUUAUUUACUUUACUUUCAGAUUAUUUAAAAAUAAUUGUCUUCAGUGUUUUCAGGCCAAGUGAUUCACAUGCUCCAAAAAAUAUUGUUUCAAAAGAAAGUUUGUUUCUAAUUCAAACAAAAGGAUCGAGUUGUCGGGUCGAUGAAAUUAAAGCUUCAACAAGGAACUUUCAGUUUCAAGUUUCCUCUGUCCGUAAAAACCUCGGUCCAGAGUGAAAAAGACUCUGUUGUGAGUUCAGGACAAAAACUAAGACAACAGACACCUCAGCU